AUGGUUGUUAAGAAAUUAAAAGUAAUAGAUGAUAAAGAAUUAAAAAAACUUAAAACCGAAUCAAAAAGUUGUAUUGUAAUUAAUGAUUUAAUAUAUGAUGUGAGUUCAUUUUAUGAACAUCCAGGUGGAUAUGAUCUGUUUAAGGAAUAUGAAGGUCUUGAUGCGACCGAUGCAUUUAAUUCUAUUGGACAUUCUGAGAACGCCAAAAAUUUAAUGAACAGUUUUUUGAUUGGAAUAAAGAAAAAUUCAAAGGAAUAUAAAAAAAAAGAAAAAACAAAAAUUAUUGAAAAUAAGAUAGAAUAUAUAAAUUAUUCUGAUGAGGAAAUAAAAAAGGAAGAAAAGGAACCUAAAGAAAGCAAACCUAAAGAAAGCAAACAUAAAGAAAACAAACCUACACUGAUUAAAAAAGAAGAUAAAACUAAUUACCCUGCUGUGGCUGGAAUUAUUAUCCUUUUUGGUGUUGCAUAUUAUUUUUUGUUCUUGAAAUAA